UACGUGUACUUCAGGAUGGGGGUCAAGCAGAAGGAGAUGGUGAAGGCCCGGCUGUUCCGGGUGCCUUUUGCCGAGCUCAGGAACCGACACAUCUUCCUGGAGCGCCGGGGGCUCUACCAGACCCCUCACAAAGGCCAGAUUGAAACCAAUAACCCAAAACUGAAGGACAUCCUUCAGCUCCCUGAGAAAGACUUUCUGGCCAGCCUGGCCCGCUCCACUGCCGAGGAGUAUGAGGUCUUCAAGAAGCUGCUGGCUCAAGAGGAGAAGGAAGAAGAAGAGGAGGAAGAAGAGGAAGACAGAGAUGCACUGUAUGCAGAGGAAGAUGAAGACUUGGACAGUGAAGGCAGUAAAACAGCCUGGAAGUGA